AUGACUGUUGUGCAAAAUGAGAACAAUGAGUUGAUCUCAACUCGUACAGUCACGGGAUGGCGGAUUUGCAUGGAUUACCGAAAAUUGAACAUAGCCACUCGGAAGGAUCACUUCCCCUUGCCUUUCAUUGACCAAAUGUUGGACAGGCUGGCCGGGCGAUCGCACUUCUGUUUCUUGGAUGGAUAUUCGGGGUACUAUCAGAUAUCAAUAGCCUCCGAAGAUAGAGAGAAAACAUCAUUCACUUGUCUUUAUGGCAUCUUCGCCUUUCAGAGAAUGCAUUUUGGGCUUUGCAAUGCACCAGCAAUAUUUCAACGGUUGGCAUUUAAGGAGCUGAAGAAGCGAUUGGUGACUGCACCCAUCAUUGUUGCACCCAACUAG